UUUCUAAAGCACGUCUCAAAGAUUCGACCAACGAGAUCCACAACGUCCACAGACUCGACUCGACUCCACAACCCCAACUACUUGUCCUCCUCUGCUUCAUCAAGAGAGCUCAGCGAGUCUAAUAACCUUCGCUCCCAUUGAUUGAGUUGCUGAACAGUCAGUCAGAAAUAAUAAAUUAUUGCUAGCUAAAAGUAAUAGUUAAUAGGACAUGCAUCCCAUUUUGCAAGAGCUUGGGCUGUCAGAGGGUCCACCGAAAAAGAAGACCAAGAAGAACAACAACGGCAAGAAGAAGAUUUCGGCUCUGGAUGUCUUGCAACAACUUUUAACCACCAAUGUCCUCACUGCCGAUCAAGUAAAGAAUGCUUAUUCUACUCUCAGCAACAACAGCAACGGCAAAGACAACAACAAACAAGAGGAAAAGAAAAAAACGGAGACUCACUCGACUCCACAACAAGACAAGAACAACCCCAACAGCGACAAUACUACUACCAAAACACCAGCUCUACCCUACCGAACCCGCCACAUUGCCCUCCGUGUCUACUACGAAGGCAAGCAGUACACGGGUUUGGCACAGAAUGUGGGUGACGACAAGGAUCAAUCGGUGGAACGUCACAUUUUUGCCGCCCUUACCAAAACCAAACUGAUUCCCUCCCGAGAUGCCUGUGGCUAUUCGCGCUGUGGUCGUACCGACAAGGGCGUCAGUGCCGUCGGACAAGUCUUGGCGUUGCGACUCAAAAGUGCCAUUCCACUCGAUGCCACUUGGGACGAAGCUGGAACUCAAACUAUCAACGAUGGAUUGCCCAAACAUGCCCAAGAUAAAAUCACCGUCUGGGUUCCUCCGAAAACCAAAACCAAAAAGAAACAGAAUUCCAAACCAAACAAGGAAACUACUACAGUUACUACGACAGAAGCCACAUCAUCAUCACAACAACGACAAUCCAAGCAACUCUCCGAAUACCCCUACGAAAAAAUGCUCAACAGUUUGCUUCCGCUCGAUAUUCGAAUUCUGGCAUGGAGUCCCGUCUCGGAUGAGUUUUCGGCACGAUUCUCGGCAUCCACACGGACCUAUCGAUACUUUUUUCAUCCACUUACAUUGAAUUUGGAGGCCAUGCGACAAGGACUCGCACGGUUGGUGGGAAAACACGACUUUCGCAAUUUUUGUAAACUCAAUGUCGUGGAAGUCAGCAAUUUUGUACGGACUAUUCACAGUGCCAAACUUGUGACUACUAAUACAUCCGACAACAACAGCAACAACAUUUGCUACUUUGAAAUUCAAGGACAGGCAUUUCUCUGGCAUCAAAUACGAUGCAUUGUAUCCGUCAUGUUCUUGAUUGGACGAGGAUUGGAAGAGCCGACUGUCGUGACGGAACUGUUGGAUAUCGAAACACAUCCCGGGAAACCAAGCUAUCCACUGGCGCCCGAGUAUCCACUCGUCUUGCAUGAGUGUGGAUAUCCCAAUCUGCAGCACAUGGGAUAUUCCGUCCCGAAUCUAUGGGUCGUGUCGUGUCAGCUCCAAGAACAAUGGGAGACAUUGACAUUGGAAGCGGCACGGAUACGCAACUGUUUGCAAUUCUUGGCGUCAGUAAACACAGUCCGGAAGCGGGAAUUGGCCCAGUUUGCCAUUCAGAAACUGACGGAACGACACAAAAAGCAACAAAAACGAGGCAACAAAGGCGGGGAGCAGGCGAUGGGGUUCGUCAAAACUAUUGAACAAGAAGAAAAAGACAAUGACAGUAAUUCGGACUUGAUGAUGAUGAUGGACUGGAAGAAUGCUCUCGAGUGGCUGGCCCAAUGGAAGUUGGUGCCGGAUUCCCAUGGGUUGCGAGAACAUGUCCACAUUCCACUCUUGGAACGAUCCAAAGGAACCACGUACGAAGAAAAGAUUGAUGCCCUACAACAAUCCACUACCAAGAGAUCGCAGCAGUACAAAGCCAAUGUCGCCAAGAAGCGUAAGGCUGAGGAUGGAGACUCGGCGUUCUACGAACAUAUGCUGAAACAGGGUGGGUCGGCAAUAGACUAAGACUGCUAAAACUAGGGUUGGUGCAUGCAGGACAGGGCGAUGGAUGGUUUGGCUGCAGUUACGUCCAGCAGCCGCUUUUACAUACUUGCUCGAUGUAGAGGAGCAGCGGAGCUCGGCAGACUCCAUUUCACUGUCCCAGUUCGGAACCAGCGCAAGAACCAUGGCAAGGAAGGCUGAAACGAAAAUGGAACGGUGUAACCUAGUACGAGUAAGUCUUUUUAUUACGGAAGUACAUGUAGGAAGUGGGU